CAUGAGCUCCUGCUGCUCUCUCUCUCUCUCUCUGAAUGAAGAUUGAGUGUUACCCCAGACUGCACCAACCUCUGAUAUGAGAAGAGCAGCUUUGCAGGUAGAGCUCCCCAACGGAGUACCAUGUGAAGGUCUGACAGAGCCCCUUGAUUCGUGGGACAGGAGAGACGUCCCUCUUUCAGUCCAGAAGGGUAAAAUUCUUUGAACGUUUUUGUCUGCUUCAGUAGGCUCUUGAAGUAUCGUCUUUACCUGAACCACAGGGGCACGUGCCUGAGCCAGCUUUCCCCACAGUGGGCAAAGAAGUCUCAGGAGGCAUUCCGCGCGCCAUGGAGAAACCGUGGAAGUGUGGGGAUUGCGGGAAAGGAUUCCGCUACCCGUCCGAUCUGGAGAUCCACCGCCGUUUCCACACUGGGGAGCGGCCCUUCACCUGCUCCGAGUGCGGGAAGGACUUCAGCGACUCGGCCAACCUGCUGGCCCACCAGCGGGUCCACACCGGGGAGCGGCCCUUCACCUGCUCCGUCUGCGGCAAGGGCUUCUCUCACUCGUCCAACCUGCUCAAGCACCGGCGGGUCCACACCGGGGAGCGGCCCUUCACCUGCUCCGUCUGCGGCAAGGGCUUCACCCAGUCGUCCCACCUGAUCUCACACCAGCGGGUCCACACCGGGGAGAGGCCAUUCAGCUGCUCGGUCUGCGACAAGGGCUUCACCCGCUCGUCCCACCUGCUUUCCCACCAGCGGCUCCACAACGGCAAGAGGCCGUACGUCUGCUCCGAGUGCGGGAAGGCCUUCACUAAGUCGUUGAAGCUGAAGUCCCACCAGCGGGUCCACGCCGGGGAGCGGCCCUUCACCUGCUCCGUCUGCAGCAAGGGCUUUACCCAGUCGUCGCACCUGCUGGCCCACCAGUGGGUCCACACCGGGGAGCGGCCCUUCACCUGCUCGGUGUGCGGCAAGGGCUUCCCUCACUCAUCCACCCUGCUGCGGCACCAGCGGGUCCACACCGGGGAGCGGCCCUUCACCUGCUCCGUCUGCGGCAAGGGCUUCCCUCACUUGUCCACCCUGCGGUCCCACCAGCUGCUCCACACCGGGGAGCGGCCCUUCACCUGCUCGGUGUGCGGCAAGGGCUUCUCUCACUCGUCCACCCUGCUGCGGCACCAGCGGGUCCACACCGGGGAGAGGCCCUUCACCUGCUCCGUCUGCGGCAAGGGCUUUACCCAGUCGUCCACCCUGCAGUCCCACCAGCUGCUCCACACCGGGGAGCGGCCCUUCACCUGCUCCGUCUGCGGCAAGGGCUUCCCUCGCUCGCUGCCAAGGCCGAGUGAGCUCAAUAACAGGCUCUGCUCGGCGCAGCUGCCAAGGCCAAACGAGCUCAAAAACAGGCGGCUGGACUGUAUCAAAGGACCCAUGCGGAGCGAAGGUGGUAUUGGACUCCGACCCCACACAAGAUCGCUUACCCGAGGAUAUCAAGUUGGUACAAUUGACAAAGCCAGCUGCAACAGAACCCGUUUCCUCACGAAGAGUGAAGCAGCCGAAUUAACGGUGAGCCGAGUGGACCUGUGGUGGUACUGCGGAGCCCCUGGUGAUUACACCUUCCAGAAGCCGCCCCGGGGACUCGAUCCCCAUGCCCGACAUAGGCGAAACAUCAACCCAAUAGUGGAUUUAAAGAACCCUCAUGGGGUCUGGAUCGAUGCAAUCAGUCACGCCAGAAACAUCCCUGAUGAGUAUAAACUAAUAGACGAGGUGGCCUUCGGCUUUGAGAGCUUUCCCCUUUUUGUGGCCAUCUUCCCCAUCACGAUAAAUAAACACACCAAUAGAAUCGAUCUCAUCCAUUAUAAUGUCCAAAGGCUUGCCAACUUAACCCGAGAUGCGGUUGACGCAAUCCACGAGCAACUUGCUCAGACUUCCCUUAUGACCUUGCAGAAUAGGAUGGCCCUGGACAUGUUACUGGCCGAGAAAAGGGGGGUCUGUGCUCUGUUUGGAGAAACGUGCUGUACUGCGAUAACAAACAACACAGGCCCGGAUGGCAAGCUCACCAAGACCUUGACAAAACUCCGAGCCCUAGCCACUGAACUGAAGCAACAUAUCCACACCGGGGAGAGACCAUACACCUGCUCUCAGUGCGGGAAGGCCUUCAGCACAUCCUCCCACCUGCGGAGCCACCAGCGGAUCCACACCGGGGAGAGGUCGUUCAUCUGCUCUCAGUGCGGGAAGGGCUUCACCUACUCCUCCAACCUGCGGAGCCACCAGCGAGUUCACGUGCCGUUGCAAGGGGAUUGAAGGAGUGACGGCCGAGUAGCAUUAUCGAUUGGACUAUCAACCCGGUUCCGGGGACACCUGGGUUUGAAUCCCCCCAUGACAGAUGCAGAAUUGGUAUUCGGUCAGAAAUGUGGAGUUCGGAAUCUAACGAUGAGACUGUUUCAGGGAGGGGGUGGUGCGGGGGGAGAAAACCCCCAUCUGAUUCCCUCUCUCCUGUGUUAGGGAAGGGAAUCGCCAUUGUGGGAAAGGCU